UAAACAAUCACAAUCGAGGAUCGGCCGAGCAAAUUUACUUUCUUAUUUUAUUACUUGUGUCAACAUUUUAGAUAGAUAUUAUCAGAUUAUUUACUUCCAUCCUUUGUGUACCAUGUUUUAAUAUUGAGCCUCAAUAUGGUUCUAUUGCCGCCGUGUUCUCCGGACAUUUGUGGGAAAGAUUUUCGUUCAUCUUUGAAGAAACCGAGUCCAAACUAUCCGCAUAAGACAAGAAAAUGCAGGAUCGUUCCGGCCUUUACGAUACAGUCGAUGCAGAAGAACACGAAAGUCCUUCCUCCCCCGAAGUGCGGUGUGUUCGACCCUUUGCCACCGAAGCCGACAAUGUUCAGGAGAUGCUAUCAAAGAGGGGAGUUCCCUGUCUGUAUUGAGUUCACUACGAGCGGAAAACGGCUCGCUUGGAAGGUGCCGAUAGAAAAACUCGAUUUCCACCAUUACCUUCCAAUGUUCUUUGAUGGUUUAGCUGAAGGCACGUACCCUUUUAACUUCAUAGUGGAACAUGGCGUACAUGAUCUCGUCACAAAAGGAUCCUUCAAAGUCUUACCAGUGGUUCCUCAAAUCAUAAUACCAAUCAAAAACGCGCUCGCAACAAAGCGACCUACGGUUCUCUGCCAUGCUCUCAAGUGCAUACAAAUGCUCGUAACGGGAUGCGACAGGGUCGGCGAGGCGCUCGUCCCCUACUACAGGCAGAUAUUACCCACUCUCAACCUCUUCAAGGACAGGAAUCGUAAUAUGGGAUCUGGGAUAGACCAUACGACGACUCGUGGUGAAAAUGUUGCUGAUUUAAUUGAAGAUACACUGCAAAUUCUGGAGCGCUACGGCGGACCGGACGCAUUUAUCAACAUCAAAUAUAUGAUACCAACUUAUGAAUCUUGUGUAUUGAAUUAGACGACGUUUUCCUUUAUUUUU